UGCAAGAAUGAAAUCUUUCUUCAUUAAUUUUUGGCAACUAGAAAUUUCGGUGACGGACACGACAGCGAAUUACACGCCAGUAGACCGGUAAAAUUCAGUGAAUGUGUGUAAUCUUGUAAACAUGGGACGAAAUAGUAAAAUUUUGUUUUCUGUUUGCACAUUUGUUCUGUUAUGUGUUAUUGCCAAUGCUUUAACGCCUACAACUUUCCUCACAACUGCUGAUCAACAGAGGCUUAAAAAAGUUUUAUCCACUGCUUUUCCAUUAUCUGACCUUACAACAGCCCAUUAUGCUGUCCUUGGUUAUUCAUUAAUUGGGGAAAAAUUACCAGCAUCUGAAGAUCCUUGCAAAUUCUUUCAUUCUAAAAUAGAUAAAAAGAAGUUAGAUACUAUUUUUCACGCUACAAGUGGAAGUAAAUUACUUAACAAUUGUAAACUGACUGUGACUGGCUUGCAGCAGACUUUUGACUCCACUAAAGUUGCUAAAGUUUUGACUGCUGCUUUGAAAAGAGAUGAUAGUGUAUUAAAUCUUGGCUAUGCAUUUCAUGUUGCAUCUGUAUUACAAGGAGAUUUGACACCAUUUUUUGAGAGAAUUGAAGAUGUAAUAGUUCAAGCUGAUGAAGUUGAUGGAAAAUAUUUGCAAUUUGAAGGUGGUUUAGGUAUUACAUCAACCACAAUAAAUGGUGUUUACAAAUUAGCAGAAGCUGUCAAAAAGGCACCUGCUUUAACACCGGAACAAGCUGUCAAGUUCACAAAUUACUUCCUGAGUAGAAAAUUUGUUCAGACCGUUAAAGGUUCAGCUCAGCUUCUAGAUAUUCUCAGGAUUUUUGCUACAAAUAAGUUUCACAUUCCUGUAGCUGUGACACUUGCAAGUAAUAGUGCUUUAUCUGAUGAAAAUCCAAAUGUUCAAAUUCGGAUCACUAAUGUCCUUGGUGCUUCUCUUGGUCCCCUGACUGUUACAGCAGAUAAUGCUAAAAGGGUUGGAGAUGAUGCUGUUGUUUUGAGCAAAAAAGCAUUUCAGGCUGUAAAGGGCAGCAACAUAUUAUAUACAUUGAACUUCAUGGAAAGCAAACCACUCCGAGGAUUUUACACCAUUUCAGUUAGUGCAGUUCCUAGGAAACCUGAUCCUAAACUUAUUGGAAAUACUGGUGCUCAAAUAAAAGUUAAAGUAAUGACAGAAGCAGCUGUUGAAGGUGCAGAAAUUGGUACAGUGUAUCGUGAUCAAAUGACCUCUGCAAAGUCUACAAGUAUUGUUUACCCUGAAGAAAAAGUUAGCCUAGAAGCAGAUUAUCAUCAAAAAAUUAUAAUGAAAUUUUCUCUGAAAGAUAAAAAUGCAAAAUCACCUUUGCUUGCUCAUCAGACAUUUGUUCAGUUUGUGAAUCGUGAGAGGGGUCAGGAAGUUGUGUUUGUUGCUGAACCUGAUACAUCUAACGUUUAUAGAUUUGAUUUGGAUAUUUUCACUAAAGCAAAAGAAUUUAUGUAUGCUUCUGGAGUAUAUGACGUUUUCCUUAUAGUUGGAGAUGCUGUUUUAAAGAAUCCCUUUAUGUGGAAAAUGGGCCAUGUAUCCUUAACAUUUCCUCCUAAUCCUGUAUCAACAAAGCCAUCAGAAAACCCUUAUGAACCAAAGCCCGAGAUUAAGCAUUUGUUCCGAGAAAAAGAAAAAAGGCCAUCUCCUCUUGUUUCUAAUACAUUUUCUGUCUUGUGUCUAGUGCCUUUGCUAUUAUUAUUUAUUUUGUGGAUCAAGUUGGGAGCUAAUUUAUCAAAUUUCCCACUCUCUGUGUACCCUAUAGCCUUCCAUCUAGGUCUUUUAGCUAUUUUUGGCCUUUUCAUCUGCUUUUGGCUACACAUGAAUAUGUUUACUACGCUGAAAUAUCUGCUGGGAUUAGGACUUUUUACAUUCUUAAGUGGACACAGAUUGCUAAGCAAAUUAGCUGAAGGAAAAUAAUUUUAUAAAAGGUACAUUCCAAUAUAGUUGCUGACUUUAUGAGAAAGCAGAAACCACUGUUUCAUCGCAUUUCUUCAUUACUGGAUUGUUGGAAGAGAGAUGACAGCAACUAUGAACUGAAGGAGGAACAAUUAAUUGCAUUUUGAUACAUGAAAUGUAAAUUAUUCUUACCACUUAGAUCAAAAUAAAUUUUUUUAAAUAA